AUUUUUCUUCUAGCACUCCCUAUUAACGUCUGAGCUGUGCGUCAUUCGGCUGCUGUCAGUGGAAAAAGUAAAAUAAAUACUUUAAAUAAGUCAACAACGUUCAGAUUAGUCUGCGUUUACCCAUUACCAUCUAAUCGUCUUGUGAACUGGUUUAAGAAGAAAACAGCUGGAGUGUUUUAGCGUAGCUUUUUUACGGAAGCCGGUGUUACUUUAUCAAACAUGGCUGACGACUUCGGUUUUUCCGCCUUCGACAACGGAGUUCACACAGAAGAAGAUCCCGCCGCCGCGUUUUUGGCCCAGCAGGAGAAUGAAAUCGCGGUGAUUGAGAACGACAGCACCGGGUUCAGUUUACCGGAGGACGGAGGAGCGGCGCCCGCAGACACCUACACCAUGUCCGGCGGUGACUUUGGAGGAUCUUCAGCUGUAAACGGAGACAUGUUUCAGGACACGAACGGCAUGACUGACAGCUACUCGGCUAUCGCACAAGUCGACAUACAGAGACAAGAGCCUGAAAGUCUGCGCAAGUGGAGGGAGGAGCAGAAGACCCGGCUGGAGGAAUUAGAUUCAGCAUCUAAAGCCGCUGAGGCCGUGUGGAGAGAAAAGGCUAAGAAGGAGCUGGAGGACUGGCAUAUACACCAGACUGAACAGAUGGAGAAAAAUAAAGUCAACAACAGAGCGUCAGAGGAGGCUUUCCUCAAGGAGUGUGAAGAUGACAGUCCUGGGACAGAAUGGGAGAAAGUGGCCCGACUCUGCGAUUUCAACCCCAAAACCAGCCGGCAGACUAAAGACGUGUCCCGAAUGCGCUCGGUGCUCAUUUCCCUCAAACAGACGCCUCUGCUCCGCUAAUCACCACUCCAUUAUUAUUAUUCUGCUAUUAUUAUUUCCCUCUUGCACUUUAUUUUAUGAACACUUUAACAGGUUUAUGUUGCUAAUGGGGGUCAUUGAAUGUGUACACUUACUGUAUUUAUACUUCCUACACGGUAAACUAUAUCUGUCAAUGAACAGUUUGCAUAUUUUACAGUGGUGAGUUGCAUUAUGGGAUGUUGAUCUCUGCUCUGUCCAUUUUUAAUGUUGUAAAUUCAACUCUACAGUUUAACAAAGUGACUUUUAGUGGCAUUUUAGUGGUCUGAAAUCAUAUAAUGUACAAGAAAUAAUAUCUAGAUCAUAGGCCUCAAACUCAAUGGCAAGCCACCUGUUUUCCAGUGGAGCACCAUGACCUCGGACAUGGAGGUGCUGAUGCGGAUUGUUGUUGUAUAUUAC